UUUCUGGGUCUAUGUUGAAUUUUUCCUCAAAGCCCUUUAAUUUGUGUUACCCAUCACUUCUUUUUCAGUUCUUGGAACUAUGUUUCAUUUGUAUUUUGAUCAGUUUGUGGUGUUUUUGUUUUUGGGGUCAUUUCUCUUUUGAUUGUGGAGGGGAAAAGUUCAGAAUUUUAUGUUAUGUGGUUCUUGUAUAUAGCAAAUGGAUUUUGUGUGAUGGCUCAUAAAAUCUUGCAUUUGUAUGUGUUAAUUCUCUUGAGUGUAGUAUAAUGGGAUGAUUUGUUGUGGGUUGGUGUGUAGGUGUGAGUUUUAUUGGUGUUUGCUGUUUGCUUGUACUAUGCAGUUUCUUUUUGGCUUUUGAAUUCAAUUCAUUUGGUAGAUAGGGGAUUAGGUGGGAUAUUAGGCAUUGGCUUUGAUUGAUGAUGGUGACAUUAAGUACUUGCUUUUGCUAUUUAUCGCUAAUCAUGUCAUCUCUACUUGCCUUAAAUUUUUUUUAUGUUUUCCAUUAAAGUAAUAACAAAGGGUAUGACAUCGAAUAGAGCAGAACCGAAAAAAAUAACCCUUACUAGUCUAUAGAGGGUCCAUACCCAACCCAAAAUUUAGGGUUAAAGACUUGGUUGUGUUGUUGUUGUCGUCUGCCUUGUAGAUUUUUUUUCUUUUUAAUGAAAAUAGGAACAACCACUUGAUGAAAAUACAAAAGAAGCCCUUUUUCUGGCCUAAGAAACUCAUUCUAUAUGUCUAUAUGAUGUGUAUAUGAUCCUUGAUUAAAUCAUGGGUGCAAAAUCGAGUGUCUAAAAUAACAAACUAAAAAGAAAAUUUGAGAUCUUUUUUUAGGAGAAAGGACAAUGAGCUGCUUUGGUUGUUGUGAAGAAAAUGAUAUCCAUAAAGCUGCUGAUACUGGACCAUUCAUGGCAAAUAAUUCCGCAGUCAACAUGAAUCAUGCAGGAAAUAAUGGAGGAUAUGCUGCUAAAGAAGCUGUGCCAAAAGAUAAACAGACUGUAACUAUGCAACCUAUUGCUGUCCCUGCCAUUCCAGUAGAAGAGUUGAAGGAUAUAACGGAUAAUUUUGGUACAAAGGCUUUAAUUGGCGAAGGCUCAUAUGGAAGAGUGUAUCUUGGUGUCCUGAAUGGUGGUCAGACUGCAGCCAUUAAAAAGUUAGACUCAAGUAAACAACCUGAUCAAGAAUUUCUAGCAAAGGUCUCCAUGGUAUCAAGACUAAAAAAUGAAAAUGUUGUCGAGCUUGUUGGUUAUUGCGUUGAUGGCUCUCUUCGUGUCCUUGCGUAUGAAUAUGCACCCAAUGGGUCUCUUCAUGAUAUUCUUCAUGGACGAAAAGGUGUCAAAGGAGCACAGCCAGGCCCAGUUCUGUCAUGGGCACAAAGAGUUAAAAUUGCUGUUGGGGCAGCAAAAGGGCUUGAAUAUCUACAUGAGAAGGCACAACCUCAUAUCAUCCAUCGUGAUAUCAAGUCCAGCAAUAUACUGCUUUUUGAUGAUGAUGUUGCAAAGAUUGCUGAUUUUGAUUUGUCAAAUGAAGCCCCUGAUAAUGCAGCACGCCUUCAUUCCACUCGUGUACUUGGCACCUUUGGUUAUCAUGCUCCAGAAUAUGCAAUGACUGGGCAGCUGAGUUCAAAGAGUGAUGUUUACAGUUUUGGUGUCGUCCUACUGGAACUCUUGACUGGUCGUAAACCUGUUGAUCAUACACUACCACGUGGACAGCAGAGCCUUGUGACAUGGGCAACACCAAAACUCAGUGAAGAUAAGGUGAAGCAAUGUGUUGAUGCUAGACUCAAUGCGGAAUACCCUUCCAAGGCAGUUGCAAAGAUGGCUGCUGUUGCUGCCUUGUGUGUGCAAUAUGAAGCUGAUUUUCGGCCAAAUAUGAGCAUUGUAGUUAAAGCUCUACAGCCUCUAUUGAACCCUCGAUCCGGUCCCCCAAGUGGAACACCGCAGCGCUUGUGAAUUCUUUCUGACAACUUAAUCUUCCUUGCAGGAUAUAUUAUUGAAAUUUGUUUUGUAAACAGGGUGUUUUAGAUCAGGGUGUUUUAGAUCAUGUACCUUUUAGUCAUCAAUAGCCUACCAGAUUUAUGUUUGUAAUCUAUGUAAUCAUUCUACAGACGUGAUGAUUUGAUUGUUGAGAGCAUUAGCAUAUUGAACUGCUAUGGGUGACUUAUUGCUCUAUGGCUUUCUUUAGGAGUGCAAUAGCAUUAGCAUAUUUGUUUCAACUGUUGUGUAUUUGAUUCCCAAAAAAAACUGUUCUGUAUUUUUGCUAGGCAGUUAUGAAAAUCUUGCUGCAUCCUGUCCCUUUUUUUUGUUAU